GGCUUCAUGAGAGUGGCGCUUUCGGACCCUCAGCCGGAACGGAGGUUCUUCCGGAGAGGCUGGGUGACCUUCGACCGCACCGUCAACAUCAAGGAAAUCUGUUGGAAUCUCCAGAAUAUUCGGUUACGCGACUGUGAGCUGAGCCCCGGCGUCAAUCGGGACCUGACUCGCCGCGUGCGCAACAUCAACGGGAUGACGCAGCACAAGCAGAUCUUGCGCAACGACAUCAAGCUGGCGGCCAAGCUCAUCCACGCCAUGGACGACCGGACCCAGCUGUGGGGGGCCGGCGAGGCCCAGCUGCCCUCCGAAGUGUCGAACCUGCCCUCCCAGAACCCCAUCCUGAAGAACAUCACGGACUACCUGAUCGAGGAGGUCAGCGCGGAAGAGGAGGAGCUGCUGGGCCGAAGCGGGGAGCCCUCGGAAGAGACUCCCAAGGAGGGAAACCCGGCCGAAAUCACGGUGGAGAGGGAUGAGAAGCUGGUGAAGGUCCUGGACAAGCUGCUACUCUACCUGCGCAUCGUCCACUCGGUCGACUACUACAACACCUCCGAGUACCUCAACGAGGACGAGAUGCCCAACCGGUGUGGGAUUAUCCACGUGCGGGGGCCCAUUCCCCCCAACCGCGUCACCCACCGUGAAGUGGCCGAGUGGCAGAAGACCUUUGAGGAGAAGCUGAUGCCGCUCUUCAGCAUCCGGGAGUCCCUGUCGGAGGAGGAAGCCCUCAAGAUGGGCAAGAAGGACCCCGAGCAGGAAGUGGAGAACUUCGUCACCUCCAACACCCUGGAGCUGGGCAAGGACAAGUGGCAGUGCCCGCUCAGCGGGAAGAAGUUCAAGGGCCCGGAGUUUGUGCGCAAGCACAUCUUCAACAAGCACGCGGAGAAGAUUGAGGAGGUGAAGAAGGAGGUCUCCUUCUUCAACAACUUCCUGAUGGACGCCAAGCGGCCGGCACUGCCCGAGUUCAAGCUGAACCAGCCACCCGUCCCCGGGCAGGGCCUGGCACCCGGGUUGCCCUACCCACCGCAGGCCCCCCAGGGACUGAUGCCCUAUGGACAGCCACGCCCGCCCAUCCUGGGAUAUGGAG